CAAAAAAUGGAUAAUAAGAAAAAAAAGAAUAAGAAUAAAGGUAAAUAAGAAUAAUAAACUUAAUAAUAAUAAUAACAGACAUAAAAUUAAAUAGUACCUGCAGGUUAAUAACAUCAUCAUGAUCAUCAUGGAAAUGAAGAUCAUCAUCAUGAUCAUAAUAAUUGUAAUCAUGGAUUACCUAGUGAUCUUCCUAAUCUUGAUCCUACUAGUUUAUUAAAUGGUUUAAGUAAAGGAGAAGGAUUACUUGGUAGUUUAAGUAUGAUUCCUAAAUUGACUGAAAUGUUAAAUUAAUUAAGUAAUUUUGGAGGUUAAGCUUUCAAACCUGAUGAUCCACUUCCUGAUUUCACUAAAUUUGAUUCAACUAAAGUAUUCAAUUUAAUAUUUUAUAAUAGUAAACCUUAGAAGUCGCUAUCGAAGAAUUCUAAAAAACUAUUGAGAAUGUUUAAAAGAAAGAUUUUAAUCUAACAAAACCUGUUGUAUAAAAAUAACAAUAAUAAAAGUUAUCCAAAUAAUAAUAACAAUAAAGAGAAAAGUAUUAUAUCAUCUUAUCAUUAUUAUAGAAAUAAUUAAAUUAUUAAAUAAAACAUAGAUUAUCUAAAUACAUUAUAGAAGGAUAUGAAGAAACUCUUAUAGGAUGUAAAUAGUUUAAUUUAAUCUAUUAGUAAUCCCUUAGUGGAAUUGCUCCUAUAUUAAAUUAAGGAAUUGAGAAUUUAAAUUAAGAUAUCUAGUAUUAUUAAAAGUAAUAGGAAGUAUGAG